AUGAAAAUAGGUUUGAUUCUCUCUCUUCACGAUCAAUUCGGAGUAUCCCAUUGUCAGAAGGCAGAACUAUUCCCGGACGAGGUUUUUUUUAACAAUUCUAUUCUAACUAAUUUGAAUGUUUUGUUUUAGACGACAAUUGAAGAGCUCAGAAAGGCGAUUAACUCCUUUUGGAGUAUCCAUGAAAGUUAUCAAGAACUCUAUCACAAAGAGAAACAGAUUUUGUCGCUUAAAUCUACGCUUCGACAACUUGAUUUCAAAGAUGACGAUGUGAUUGUGGUCGUAAGUGUUUUUAUUAUUAUUUUUGUUUAUUUUGAACCACUAAGCCAAAAAUGUAUUAAAAUAAACUUUAAUGUGAAUAAUUUCAGAAACACUCUGCACUCAAACAUUGGGUUAAUUUUCUAUCCUAUUGUGAUGUUGUCAACGAUACAAAGGCAGACAGAAAUGAUCGAAAAGCAUCUGCUUAUUUGGCUAUUGAUUUGUCGGCACAAUUGGAACGUUCAAAUUUUUUGUUGGCUUAUGGUGAUUUUGGCACAACAUGGGUGCAAAGGCGUGGCCAAGCGAUGAGGUUUGUUAACAUCUAUUUAAAUUUUAGAAACUUUCUUAAAAUAAAGCCAAGUAUCAAAAGGUAUGCAAAAUACCUCAUUUUUUUAUACUUUAUUUUUCUAUUUUUUUAUUACCAGGCUGAAAACAAACUUAAAUUUAGCUAUUGUAUUAUUAGUAAAAAAAUUUAUUAUAAAUUAUUACAAGUUUGUCAAAUUUUUAAUUUAAAUUUCAAUCUAUUUAAUUUACACAUUUUUUUAUUUAAAAAAAGUAGAUUGUAUUAUAGAGAUAGUUUUAAGACGUUUUAAUUCCAGAUUAAUCGAUCGACUUCUGCCCGCCUUUAAAGAGAGUGCGAAAGCAUUUUUUGCCAGUCUAGAUCCUGAAUCGACUGUCGAAUUUGAAGCUAAGACUGUUGGAAUCAUGUCGGGAACAAUAGCAAAAGUUACGAAUGGAGAUACACUGACACGCUACUAUUUGAAAACAUAUCAUCGAUCUGGGACAGCUAAAAUCAUAAGCACGUCAGAUCGAUUCCCACCAGACCUGAUCGAAACAUUUGUUUAUCGGUUUUUGAACUACCUUGAUACUGGACCAGAUGUCUAUUUCCCGUAUUAUUCAAAGUCAAUCUACAUUUAUUUUAUCAUGACUAAACAAGUAGAUGGUUUUCAAGAAUUGGAACAAGUCAAAGACGCAGAAUUGCAGAUCAAAAUUGUUGUGGAGGUAAUUUUUUUAUUCAAAAUUCAAAAAAAUAUAUCCUAACAAAACUCAUUUUAGGCCUACAUACUCCGGCUGA